UAGAGGCGUCUCUGUUCCAUCGGCAAGCGUCACUUUCGCUUGACACAGACUACCGAAAUCAUAAUAGACCCAUGUAGAGGAAGAAUCGAAGCAAAAGCACCAAAAAAAACCCUAGAAAAAAAAUGCAGUACAAGAACUUGGGGAGAUCGGGAUUGAAGGUGAGCACGCUCUCGUUCGGCGCGUGGGUGACCUUCGGGAACCAGCUCGAUGUGAAGGAGGCGAAGUCUAUUCUCCAGUGCUGUCGCGACCACGGCGUCAAUUUCUUCGACAACGCCGAGGUCUACGCCAAUGGAAGAGCCGAGGAGAUCAUGGGUCAGGCGCUUCGCGAGCUGGGUUGGCGCCGAUCCGACAUCGUCGUCUCCACUAAGAUCUUCUGGGGCGGGCCUGGUCCUAACGACAAGGGUUUAUCGCGGAAACACAUCGUCGAAGGAACCAAGGCUUCCCUCAAACGGCUUGAUAUGGAUUACGUUGAUGUGCUCUAUUGCCACAGGCCGGACACUUCGACUCCUAUCGAGGAGACAGUGAGGGCGAUGAACUAUGUGAUAGAUAAGGGGUGGGCAUUCUACUGGGGCACAAGUGAGUGGUCGGCGCAACAGAUAACCGAGGCAUGGGCAGUUGCCGAGAGGUUGGAUCUGAUUGGGCCGAUUGUUGAGCAGCCGGAAUACAACAUGUUUUCCAGACACAAAGUUGAAACAGAAUUCCUCCCUCUGUACACCAACUAUGGCUUAGGUCUCACCACAUGGAGCCCACUCGCAUCGGGUGUCCUCACGGGAAAAUACAACAAGGGAGUUAUUCCUCCCGACAGCCGGUUUGCUUUGGAGAAUUACAAAAACCUUGCCAACAGAUCACUGGUCGAUGAUGUGCUGAAGAAAGUGAACGGCCUCAAACCAAUUGCAGAUGAACUGGGCGUGUCAUUGGCUCAGCUUGCAAUUGCCUGGUGCGCCACCAAUCCGAACGUGUCAUCCGUCAUCACGGGUGCCACUAAAGAGUCUCAGAUCCAAGAAAACAUGAAGGCGGUCGAGGUCAUACCGUUGCUGACGCCUACGGUCCUGGACAAGAUCGAGCAAGUGAUUCAAAGCAAGCCUAAACGUCCCGAGUCUUACCGGUAAAGAUGAUCAUUGGAAUCUUUAUGUGCUGUAUGUGCUUUGUCCAUGCCUUAUGUUGUUGUUGUAUUUGAGAUUGAUGACUUUGGAUGAGAAACAUAAGUGUGUUGCCUGAAACCAUAUCCAACGGUUCAGAUCGAGCUGUGUGGUUUCUUUUGGGCGAUCUUGACCGUUGAUAACUUGCCUUGAUUAGUGUAUAAUUAUUGUUAAUCGGCAAUGUGAAUGUUCUUUUUUUUUC